AUGGGACAUCUUAUUGCAUGCACAUAUGACAUGAUGUGCAUUGACUUGACGCGUUAUGGUUUUUCGGAAACCUUUUUUCCACUCCGCACUACACCUCCUACAAAUCCAAAUGAUCGUAUUAUGUGUCAUUUUGUGCAAGUUUACUUGAAACCGGGAUGCCCCAUACCACCAACGUCACCAGAAUGGGCACUUCAUCAUACCGAAACUGCCGAUACGUGGCAGAAUCAUUUUGUGGAUAUGAUGCAUGAUUUCGAAAGGUUGAAUAACAUCGAAAAGGAAUCAAAUGCUGAAAAGUCAAGAUUAGAACCUCCAAUAGAUUUAGCCGGCGACAGUUCUUUUGAUGUAUUUUCUAGUUUCAAAGUGUAA